AUGUUUCGGUGCAGCACGGGGCUUGCGCGAGGCUACGGCUGCGGUGUCUUCGCGCGUACCGCAGGGAGGUUAAGGAAACGGAGCGACAAAAGUAGUAACCCUUAUCCCACCGCGGCACGCACGGUCAUCUACGCCGCCGCCGCCAAGGCAGCCCCCCAUGCGUCUACCCCCACCGGUACUGCUACUACUACUGUUGUUUCUCCCUCUUCCUCGUCCCCUCACCCUUCCUCUCCCCGCUCAUCAGCAUCCAGUCCAGUCCAUUCUAGCAAGCGCAGCUCCACUAAUAUAGUAGGUUUGUCGUCGGUUUCCUCCGUGUUUAACUCACAAGGCACCGUCACCCACAAGAUGACGCACGACAGCAAUCAGCAGCAGCACCAGGACCCGCAGCCGCAGGCCGCCAACGUGGGCCAGGAAGGGCCGCUGAAGAACUACCCCGAAGUCUUCCACUUCUCUCAGAUGGAGGAGGAGGUUUUAGCCAUGUGGCGCGAGAAAAAAUGCUUUGAAACUUCCAUGAAGCUCUCGGAGGGCCGUGAGCCAUUCAGCUUCUUCGACGGUCCGCCGUUCGCGACCGGUCUGCCGCACUACGGCCACAUCCUGGCGGGCACCAUCAAGGACACGGUCACUCGUUUCGCCUACCAGACCGGCCACCACGUCGUGCGCCGCUUCGGCUGGGACUGCCACGGCCUGCCGGUGGAGUUCGAGAUCGAUAAAGCACUCGGCAUUAAGUCCUCGCACGACGUCGCUAAGAUCGGCAUUGCCAAGUACAACGAAGAAUGCGAGAAGAUCGUGACCCGCUACGUGACGGAAUGGGAGAAGACGGUCCAGCGCAUGGGCCGCUGGAUUAACUUUGAGAACGACUACAAGACCAUGUACCUGUCCUACAUGGAGAGCGUGUGGUGGGUCUUCUCGCAGCUGUGGGAGAAGAAGCUGGUGUACCGCGGCUUCAAGGUGAUGCCCUACUCCACGGCGUGCACGACGCCGCUGAGCAACUUCGAGGCGAACUCGAACUACAAGGAUGUGAGCGAUCCCGCCGUGACGAUCGCCUUCCAGUCUCGCGCCGACCCAAAUACCUAUUUCCUCGCCUGGACCACCACGCCGUGGACGCUGCCGAGCAACCUGAGCCUCUGCGUGAAUCCCGAGCUCGACUACGUGAAGGUGCUGGAUGCCAAGACGGGUCGCCACUACUGGCUUGCCGAGGCCCGCCUGUGCGAGGUGUACCCCAAAAAGAAGGCUGCCAAGAAGGAUAAGAAGGGCGACGACGCGGCGGCCACGGCGGGCGAUGCCCCAGCGUACACGGUGCUAGAGAAGACCAAGGGUGCGACGCUCGUCGGUGUCAAGUACGUGCCGCUCUUCCCCUACUUUGCAGAGGUGAUGAAGGAGACCGCCUUCCGCAUCAUUCCCGGCGCGUACGUCACGACGGACGCCGGUACGGGUAUCGUGCACCAGGCCCCCGCCUUCGGUGAGGACGAUUACCAGCUCUCCCUCGACAACGGCAUCUUCACUAAGGGCGGCAAAUUUGUCUGCCCCGUCGACGAGAACGGCAUCAUGACGGCGGAGGUGACGGACUUCGCCGGCCUGCACGUGAAGGAGGCCGACCACGAGAUCAUCAAGUACCUCGAGGCGAAGGGCAACCUGGUGCACAAGGCCUCCAUUGUCCACAGUUACCCCUUCUGCUGGCGCAGCGACACCCCGCUCAUCUACAAGGCGGUGGAGUCGUGGUUCGUCAACGUCGAGGCCUUCCGUGACCGCAUCAUCGACUGCAACGAGAAGACGUACUGGGUGCCAGACUUUGUCAAGACCCGACGUUUCGGCAACUGGCUCUGCGAGGCCCGCGACUGGAACGUGUCACGCAACCGCUACUGGGGUACGCCGAUGCCGAUCUGGCACAGCGAGGACUGGGAAGAGGUCGUCUGCAUCGGCAGCGUGGCGGAGCUCGAGAAGCUGUCCGGCCGGACCGGCAUCACGAACAUCCACCGCCAGUUCGUUGACGACAUCACCAUCCCCAGCAAGCGCCCUGGCAUGCCACCACUGAAGCGUGUGGAGAUGGUGUUCGACUGCUGGUUCGAGUCCGGCUCGAUGCCUUACGCUCAGCAGCACUACCCCUUCGAGAACCAGGAGCUCUUCAAGAGUCUCUUCCCGGCCGACUUCGUCUCGGAGGGUCUGGACCAGACGCGUGGGUGGUUCUACACCCUUCUCGUACUCGGCGUCGCCCUCUUCGACAUCUCACCGUUCCGCAACUGCGCCGUCAGCGGCCUCGUGCUCGCCGAGGAUGGCAAGAAGAUGAGCAAGCGUCUCAAGAACUACCCCGAACCGCAGGUGGUGAUUGACGCCUACGGCGCAGAUGCCCUGCGCAUGUACAUCAUCAGCUCCCCAGUCGUGCGCGCGGAGCCGCUGCGUUUCCGCGAGACCGGCGUGAAGGGUGUGGUGCGGGACAUCCUGCUGCCGCUCUUCAACGCCGCCAAGUUCUUCACCUCCAACACGAACUACUGCAUCGCCGCGGGCGGCACGGUCUCGCUGGACGUGCGCAGCACCAACGAGAUGGACCGCUGGAUUCUCGCCUCCUGUCAAACCCUGCUGGGUUACGUCAAGGAGGAGAUGAAGCUGUACCAUCUGUACAACGUCGUUCCCGGCGUUCUGCGCUUUGUGGUGGACCUGUCAAACUGGUACGUGCGCAUGAACCGCCGCCGCAUGAAGAACGCGACCGACAGCGAGGACCGCUCCCAGGCACUCUCGACGAUGCUGUACGUCCUCUUCUCCGUCUCCCGCAUCCUUGGCCCCAUCGCUCCUUUCGUGGCGGAGAUGCUGUAUCAGCACAUCAAGCCGAUUCUGCCCACCAGCGAGCAGGUGGACUCUGUGCAUUACCUCAUGAUCCCCGACGAGGACGUCGCCUUCGACGACACGGAGCUGGAGCGGGCCAUGUCGCGCAUGAUGAACAUUGUCGACCUCGUGCGUGUGCUGCGCGACCAGAUGGUCAUCCCGAUCAAGCGCCCCGUGCGCCAGGUCGUCAUUGUGCACCCCGAGCAACAGUACCUCGAUGAUGUGCGCAAGGUCGUCAGCUACAUCAAGGACGAGGUGAACGCCUUUGAAAUUGUCCUUUCGAGCAACGACGAGUACGUUGAGACGAAGCUGGACGCGAACUUCGAGGUGCUCGGCAAGAAGUACCGCAAGGACAUGCCAGCGAUCCGCAAAGGCAUCCAGGCGAUGUCGCCCGCCGAUGUGGCGAAGUUCCUGCAUGACCAGAAGGGCGUUAUCGCCGGCAAGGAGCUCACGAUGGAGGACGUCAAGGUGCUGCGCCAUGUGAAGGACGGCAUCGCGGACUUUCAGAGCAACACCGACAACGACGUGGUGGUCCUGGUGGACAAGCGUGAGGACCAGCAGUUGAUCGACUCGUGGCGCGCGCGUGAGUUCGUGAACCGUGUGCAGCAACUGCGAAAGAAGGCCAAGCUGCAAAUCUCUGACGACGUAGACGUGUUCUUUGAGGCCGAGGAAGCCGAACUCACCACGUCCAUCAUGAGCUGCAAGGAUCAGGUCAACCAGACCCUGCGUGGGGUGUGGACAACGCUGGACCAAAAGCCCAGCGACGCGGAGCUGAUCGCAGAGGAGGACAACAGCAUCUCGGGUGUGGCGGUGCGCCUCGUCUUCACCAAGCCGAGGGCGUAA